AACUGUAUCGGUACGGUGCAAGAAGCCAGCAGGGGUCUGUCACAGGAGCUCUUGUUACACUUGGCCAAGUCAAGCGUGAAAACCAGAAGGUGACCGCAACUGGUAGCUCCGUUAUUAUUUGCAACCAGUUACAAACAAAUCUCCUGAAGGAAAGAGGGGAAAAGCAAAGCUGAAAACAACUUGAUGGAGACUGCGAUAUUAUUCCAUUGUUGAUGUGUAGUUUAUUAGCAAUUGUGAAGCCAAGUCACUUCAUUUUAACGUGAUCUCAAAAAAGAACCUACACAGUAAGCAGUUUUAAGUAACUACAGACAGAGAGACAUGGCGAACACUAAAGGUCACGGCGGUAUAAACCAACUUGGCGGUGUUUUUGCCAAUGGCCGCCCACUUCCCAUCUACAUUAGGAACCGAAUCUUAGAACUGGCACACGUCGGUCUCCGUCCCUGCGACAUCUCCAGGCAGCUUCUGGUAUCACACGGGUGUGUCAGCAAGAUCCUGAGCCGCUACGCCGAGACAGGGUCCAUCCUCCCGGGUGCGAUCGGGGGCAGUAAGCCCAGGGUAUCCACCCCGUCCGUGGUGACUAGCAUCGCCAUGUACAAGAAGACAAACUCGUCCAUGUUCGCCUGGGAGAUCAGGGAGAGGUUGCUGGUGGACGGCAUCUGCACCAAGGACAACCUACCGAGUGUGAGCUCCAUCAAUCGGAUACUAAGAAGCUGCGGACAGGAGGAAGAUGUCGAAGGUUCUAGCAACAUCACCGUAAAGGGGACAGAGGAUGGGCUCAACCACCACUGGGCACCGGACUCGACUCUCGCUGAAGAGCCACUCUUAGGGAUGAAACCAAAGGUCAACACAGAGCUCAUCAGACCCGUUGAUGACUUAUCUUCAACCGUCGCACCAUCAGCUUGGACGACGACGAAAAACACAACCACGUCCUUUGCGAUGGACGACAUCCUAGGAACGAAAGGUGUGAAGAGAUCACGUGGUGAGAAUGGAACGACGACGUCUUGUAAGGAAGAGGCAUGCGAUAUUAAGAGACUUAAGAAAGAAAUACAGCGACAGUGGAAAAGCAAGAAACUUAAAACUUCCCAUGGACGUCAAUCCUCAUCACUGGGGGGUAAGAAACAACAACAACAACAACAACAACACCAACAACAACAGCAACAACAACAAUUUUGUAAAAUCAUGAACACAUUAACAAACGGCAAGCAAGCUGCAGAAGCACAGCAUUGGUUCCCGCCAUUACUGGGUUGUUUCCCAUCCUCGUAUCCAACCUCGAUCCCAGACAACGCUCAGCUGUGGAAUCUCGCUCUGUUCAGGAGGCUUUCCCACCCUGCUCAGGCCACACAUGCGCAGAUGCAAGCCUCCCGGCUAGGUCGCAAUGCACACCCAUUCCACCAAGCACUGUCGCCCUCAGGGGUUGGUGCCUACCCCAUUGAGUCUUAUUUACACCCUCCACCCACCGGCCAUCAGAUGGUUCGACACCUGCCUGCGAUGGGAAGCACUACACCAUGGAACCUUGCAAUGGGACACAUCCCAGCCUUCUCAGCUUUGAGAUUCAAUUCAGCCAGCAUCAAACAUGAAAACACGUCUAGGUGA